AUGGCGACGACAUAUGACGAAGAGAAGGCAGCUGAUGGCCAUGGCGCCAACCACCACCAGCCACCAACACCCGUCCACAAUGAGAAAGACUUACACAGCAUCCCCAUCAACGACGACAGCAACGAGGCCUCAUCAAGCGGCAAAGCGUCACCAAGAAUGCUGUACAACGCGAGGCCGAUGCAGCACAACGACGGGGUCAUCUCGCGGCUCCGGCGGUUCGAGGCGCGCAUGGACGCCAGACUCGGGAUCGAAAGCGAGGCGAUCGAGCGCAAACGGCCACAGGACAAACGCGCGGUGAAGUGGCACGAGGAGCUGACGAUGGCGUUGCUCUGGGCGUCCGGGACGAUGAACACGUCGUGCUUCGCGACCGGCUUCCUCGGGUGGGAGUUCGGGCUCUCGCUCAAGCAGGCGAUCCUGAUCACCAUCUUCGGCUCGCUGCUGGGCGGCUGCGUGACCGGGUACGCGGCGACGUUCGGGGCGGCGACGGGCCUGCGCCAGAUCAGUGUCACGCGCUACAGCUUCGGCUGGUGGCCGAACAAGCUGAUCGCCGCGCUGAACGCCGUGCAGCAGGUCGGCUGGGCCGCCGUGAGCUGCAUCACGGGCGGGCUGGCCCUGACCGCCGUGGCGGACGGGCACGUCUCGCUGGUGGUCGGCAUUGUCGUGAUCGCCGUGGUCGCGCUGGCGAUCAGCUUCGUCGGCCUGAACGCCAUCUUGGUGUACGAGCGCUACGCCUGGCUGAUCUACUUCGUCAUCUUCAUGAUCAUCUUCGGCGAGACGGGAAAGUACGCGGACAACACCACGCCGGCGUCGGUCACCGGCGCCACGCUCUCAGGCACCGUGCUCUCGCUCCUGGCCAUCACCUACGGCAGCUCCGCGAGCUGGUGCACCAUGGCCAGCGACUACUACGUGCACUACCCGACCAACGUGUCGCGCGUCAAGGUCUUCCUGAUGACAACGUUCGGCAUCGCGAUCCCGACCUCGAUCGGCAUGCUCGCGGGCUGCGUCGUCGCCAGCUCGCUGAACAACCGGGCCGACUGGAAAGACGCGUACGAGAACGAGGGGCUCGGCUUCCUCAUCCAGGACAUGCUGCAUCCGCGCGGCUUCGCGAAGCUGCUGCUGACCCUGCUCGUCCUCUCGGGCAUCAACACGAACAUCAUCAGCAUCUACUCCAGCGCCAUCUCGUGCCAGCAGUUUUGCCGCCCGUUCGCACGGGUCCCGCGCUUCAUCUGGACGUUUCUUUGCUUCGCCGCCAUCCUGGGGCUCGCCCUCGGCGGCCGCCAGAAGCUGAACACCUACUUGCAGAACUUCCUGUCCCUGCUCGGAUACUGGUGCACCAGCUACUUCGUGAUCCUGUUCAGCGAGCACGUCGUGUUCCGCAAGGGCAGCUUCGAGAACUACGAUCUCGAGGGCUGGAAUGAUCCCGCCCGGCUGCCCUUGGGGAUUGCCGCGGCCACAGCGUUUGGUCUCGCCAUAAUUGCCUGGGUCAUGGGUAUGGUGGAGACCUGGUAUGUCGGCCCACUGGGGAAGUUGAUCGGUGAUUAUGGUGGCGACGUGGCCAACGAGUUUGCCUUUGUCGUGACUGCCCUAGUCUAUCUGCCUGCCAGGUACGUAGAGUUGAGGGUCUUUGGGAGAUGA